CAGUAAUGGUGAUAAAUUUAAUGACAAGUUUAAUAACAUUGAAGAUAGUGAUACAAAAACUUGUAGCAGUAAUGGUAAUGAAUUUAAUAAUGAAUUUGAGGAUGAAGAUACAGAAAUAAGUAUUGUCAGAGAUGAAGAUGCAAAUAACAUUAUUACAAAACUAUUACAAGCAGUUCCAGAAGGAGUAAGUGCAGAUAUAAAUAAUAAUACAAUUGAUUCAGAUAGUAACUCUGAGAGUGAAUUUGAAGUUGAGGUUGAUAAAGGUCACAGUAUGUCUUCUGAGAUGUUGGGUGCUGUUAUUAAACAAUUGAAAAAGAACGUGGCUGAUAAAGAGUCGAAGCAAGCAUUAUUGUAG